AAUUAGAUUAUUUGUAAUCGGAAUAUGAUAUCGCCAAUAUUAUUAUCCCCCAAAAAUUAAUUUCAAGCAAUCAAUCUUCCUCAUCUUCAGAAUUAAGAUCACUCGAACUGAAACAAAUUCUCGAAAAAGCCCUAUUCAGUGCCCCUUUUCGAUCUCACCGCGCUUUGUGUCGCAUUUACGCAGCCGAUUUUGGUUUGAAGCUAAUGCGUUGUGGAAUUGGGUUUGAGUUGAGGGCCAAUUUUGAGAUAUUACUAGUUUUUGUAAUUAUCUCUGUGACGAUUUUUAGAGUGUAGGAUUUUGGUGGCUUAGAGAGAGAGAGAGAUGUUUUGGAGGGAGAGUAUGAGGGAGAACGGAGAAGAAAGCGGUGGCCCUCCUAGCGGCCAGGUUAGAGUGCUAGUUGUUGGAGAUUCAGGUGUGGGGAAAAGUUCUCUUGUUCAUCUGAUUAUGACGGGUUCGUCCAUUGCUCAACCUCCUCAAACAGUUGGGUGUAACGUUGCUGUCAAGCAUGUUACAUAUGGAAGUUCUACGGGUUCAUCAAAUAGCAUCAGAGGCAACUUCGAGAGAGAUUUCUUUGUUGAACUCUGGGAUAUAUCGGGGCAUGAAAGAUACACUGACUGCCGGUCUCUUUUCUACUCUCAAGUUAAUGGUGUUGUGUUUGUACAUGAUAUUUCUCAAAGAAGGACCAAGAGUAGCUUGAGCAAAUGGGCAGCUGAAAUUUCCGCAACUGGUACAUUCUUGGCUCCUUUAUCAUCUGGAGGUCCUGGUGGCCUUCCUGUUCCGUAUAUUGUUGUCGGAAAUAAAGCAGACAUUUCGGCAAAAGAGGGUGCACGAGGUAGCAGUGGUAAUCUUGUUGAUGUAGCUCGACAGUGGGCUGGAAAGCAGGGCUUGCUCCCAUCGAGUGAGGACCUUCCUUUGGUUGAGACCUUCCCUAGCAGUGGAGGCCUUCUGGCAUCUGCCAAGGAAGCCAGAUAUGACAAGGAAGCUCUGAUGAAAUUUUUCCGAAUGUUGAUCAGAAGGAGAUAUUUUCCGGAUGAAUUGUCUAGUUCAACUCCGUGGUCUGCCCAAGUCAAAGGCUCGUUUCCAGGUCCUGGUGAGAUUUCCAGCGAUGAUGACCAGCAGUAUAAAAAUUCAAGCGCUUUAGGUCAGCCGUACAAGUAUGAUGUACUUCCUCCACUUCCUGCUCAGCACAACUUGACACCGCCUCCGACACUUUAUCCUCAGCAGCCUAUGUCGAAACCAGACAAUUACAACAUCCCAGCAUUUGCCAGGACAAAUUCUGAGGAUAUUGCUCGUGCAAGAUCAAGGCGUACGGAUAUUAACGUGUGAGCGUUCCUUAUAGUAUAUGUAUGUACUCAUCCUCUAAUACAAUAUUUUCGGAGUACUUUUGUUUAACAGAUAGUACUUCUUUUUCGAUCAGAUUUAUGCUCACAUUUGACAACGUGUGCAGGUUAAAAUCAGUUACUCGUUUACACUUUAUGUAUAUUCGAUAUCUAUAUGUAAUCGGCUUUAGUUUUUUUCAGUA